ACUACAGUGGUGAACAGCAUUCCCAGAGAGCACAAGUAGGAGCACAUCAUAUGGAAGCCUCAUCUUGUUCCAAGGAAUGCUCGUAUGAGCAACCCGCUUCUCUGUCAGUGAAUACUUGUAAGAACAGAAAGAUGCUCUGAUUGUUUUUACGUUGUUUUCCUCUCUGCCUCAACAUCGUUGCUAGUGCAUCGCCUCUGCCUCUAGCCCGACCGCUGUUGCGCCCGCUUCUCGUCCUACACAAAAAGUAGGCCCGUUGCCUGCCAACUAAAUAAAGGCGAAGAUGACUGACGGCCUCGACGCAGCUGAGCUGUUUAACAGCGCAUGCGUGGGUUAUACGUACGACGACCUCACCCUGAUACCGGGACACAUGGAUUUCUGUACAACAACUAGAGCUACUAAUGCAUUUUUCUUAGACUUUCAUUGGAAGCUUAUCUCGACAUUCAUGUGGAGCAAUUCUGUGCAUGACAACUCUUACUAUGAUCUGCUCUUAAAGUUACCUUCUAUCCUCAACACCUAUGGCGUCACGCCACCACCACCACCACCACCACCGUAAACAGCCGAAGACGAGAUCGAAUUGAGUACGAAGCUCACUAAGAGACUGAGUCUACGAUCCCCAGUCGUUUCGUCGCCAAUGGAUACGGUCACAGAAAGCCAAAUGGCAAUCGCAAUGGCUCUCAUGGGUGGCAUCGGCAUUAUUCACAAUAACAUUACGGCCGCGUGAUGUUGACGUCUUACUAGAGUCUGAUUUAGAUGAUCAAGAAUGGUUUUGGGCGUCUUGCCGAGAGGGCGGUCACUUAUAAUAUGAUAAUCUUGUUCAUGAUCUUGAUCAUGAUGAUGGUGAUGGUUAUAUUAAAAUUAACUUGGCAUCAGCUGGAGUCUCCAGUUUUUCUAGCUUGCCGCGCGUCUUGCUUACGAAUAGGAUAAUCUUAUCGUUCUAACACCCUAGAAAUCGAAGAGCAGGUUGCGGAAGUGAAGAAGGUGAAGCGGUUUGAGAAUGGGUUUAUCAUGGACCCUUUCGUGCUGUGUCCCGAAAACACGUUAGAAGAUUUGUUGCAGCAGCCCUAUAGUUCUGCGCCGAUAACCGCCAACGGCAAAAUGGGAGGCAAACUUUUGGGAAUAGUGACUAGUCGAGACUGCGAUUUUAUGAAAACUACACUUCCAAUAAUUGCAAAGUAGAUAGUAUAUAUAAUAGUAGUAUUAGUUACUUGGCCUUUGUUUUGUUGAUAUUCUCAAGUGACACGACGUAUUGAAGCCGAUUUUCAUCACCUGCUAGGUUUUACCUAAAGCUCCAGUUCUGGGACUACGAGGAAGAGCAAGUGGCUUUUGGUACAUCGUAAUUGGACCUCGUAGAAGUAGAAACGUUCAUCCUUUGCCCCUUUCAUAACCCUCCGUAAAGACAAGAAAGUGACACUUGGGACGAUUAUGAGCAAAGACCUCAUCGUCGGAAAAGAGCCGAUCACGCUACACGAAGCCAACAGACUGCUGCGACAAAGCAAGAAAGGCACUUCAAACAAUAUUGACAUAAAGGCCGACGUUUUUCUUUUUCAUGAUGUUGCCUCAAAUCACCACGCGCGCGCGCCAUCUUCAGAGCCUGAAGCCUUUUCAUCUUCAUCCCCGCCAACUUUAGACUUUAGGCAAGACGAGGCCACUCUUUCUGCCUAUGUCGCACGCAGAGACUACAACGCCGCCCAGAAACACUGGCAGCAACCCAAUCAAAGCAAAAAGGUGGCGGACGUCCCAAGCAUUUCGUGCAUGGCUGGACCGCAGCGCCCUCGACUUUGUCGAAGGGUCGGGACGCGGGAGGGCUACUUGCUAGGAGACGGCUCGCGCGACCCUGGUGGAACUGCCCAAAAGUGCAACAGGGGCCCCGCUUCAGUGGCUGGAGGGCCGUGGGCUGAUCGUCUGAAGAGGCGGGCCUGGCCGCAAUCGGUGCCGUGAAUUGGGGUCGCUGCAUACCUUCCCUCGCGGCGUUUGCUCUGGAAUCUACGCAGAGCACGCGCGGCGCUGUUUGCGCGUGGGCCUCCCUCACGCUUCUAGUGCUCGCCCGCGUUUCUGUACUUAUCGAGCGUCCGCCACGUGCUGGGGGUUGUUAUGGUGAGCGGGCUGCGCCUCGCUUGCACCUGCGUGGGCAUGGGGGGGCCACCAGUACAGAAGGCGCAAGAAGGUGGCAGCGGUGAUUGUGUGCCCAACUUCUCCCCGAAGCCGAAAGCACUGCCGCAGCAUAGAGCGCUGGGCGGGACUACACUAGAGUAGACACAGCACGCACCACGCUGCGACGGGCAGGCCGCUUGCGGCGCUGGCGCCGUGGUGAGAGUGGAUGGGUGGCUCUCAAACAGAGCCCCGGCCACUUCUGGGGCGGUUCGUGAGUCUUUAGCCUGUGAAUCAGGGGCAACCGAUAGCACCACCAAAAAAGCGGCGGCGCCACUACCUGGGGCCUUGGCCUUGUUGCGCGUGUGCAAGUGCGCCCCCGCAGAAUGCGGGCAGUGCGCCUUGUGCUUGGGCAACUUGGUUGGAAUGUCCAGCGAACUGCCAGCGUCCUGGAAGCAAAAGAGAAAGCUAUCGCGGACGUUUUUCGGGCGGGGUCGCUUUCAGAGGUCAGACUUCUGGGCAGUAUAAUGAACCGCCUCCAAAUAUCCAGAAAGUAAGACAAUGGCGCUGCCUUAAGCUUUCUCCCUCCACCGGCUCAGCCUGCUCCUAGGGCUGCUGCGUGGGCUGGUCGCUGUCAGUGGUCUGGGCUGCCGCGCCAGGUGUCGACUGGAAGCCCAGGCCACAGUCAGAGCUUGCACCGGGGCGGAGGCUAAAGCACGCGCCCCCACCAAUCAGGCUGGUCAGUCGCUCGCGCUGUGCCGUCGGUCAGAUGUUGGCCAAGCUGGCUGAGCGUGGCGCGGUGCGUCUUAGAGUUGGAUCGAAACCGUUCGUGAGAAACGGAGGGGGGCAGCGCUACACGGGAAGGCUCAGAUCAGGGCGAUCGGGCUGAGUCUUUCGGUCGAGUUUCAGGCCGGUGCUGUUAGCAGAAGCAGCUACGUACGCCACCAAGGGCAGGGGCUGAAACGCUUCGGCCUCGGCACAGGUGGCCUUGGGACAAAUGUAACUGUAAGCAGGCCAUCGAUUUCUUUGCGUCGCGCCCUUGCCCCCCGCUAGGCCCAUUCUGAUCAGAUUACUGACAUCAGCGCCAGACUGCAUUGCUUGGGCAACGGAAUCGGUAGCGGUAUGCUCUUGGGUCUGGGUGCGCCGGAGACAAACCGCGAACAGUGUGCGGGGCUCGCUUAUGCGGUAUUGGUGAGACCUUGGACAUUAUCCAUGGUCCAUCGCCCCUGAUCCAUGGCCCAUCGCCAGCGAGCCAUAGGCCAUGCGCCAUAGUCCACGGGCCGCCGCUUUCUCCGUUGGUUUAUCUUGCGCUCCAAAGAGAAUGUCCUCCCCUGUCAGCAUUGUGGUAAAGACCACCAGCAGCGGCGCUGUUGGUUAGGUCCACAAGAAGCGCCACGCCAAUGGCUAGAAGGAGCCACUCUUGGAAAAAAAGGCACUACGUAGCUAACGCCGUCCGUGGUCCAUUCGCUUACUUGAUUCUCCCAAGUCGACUCAGGCAGCGCGGGCGCCUGGUCGAUGCCGAUGCAGUUGGUUUCGUCAAAUAAUCCCGCAACGAUAGAAAUACAAGAACGAAGCCAAGCGGCGGAGGCGCAUACUACAGCGCUGCGCCGUUUAUGGGCGGCGUUCAGCCCGGUGACUGGUGAAGAAUUCAAGCAAGGGCAAGCCGGGGCGGAGGGCUCGGCUGGCUCGCUCAGCAGUGUAACUCGUCGCGUUUCGAGUCGCAAACGGAAAAAGGUCCGCGGCGCUGGCAGAGUGAAGACGCCGGCGAGGCAUAACCAGCACCAAGAGGGGGGCCCAGCGUGAAACUUGGGGGGCUGUUCUAGUCUUAGGGCAGCACUCCCGCAAGCGUCGGCAUGAGCCAGGGGGGCUUACCGCUGACAGAGAAGGGACUGCGGCAGAAUCUGGGGGCACUGGGGUAGUUUCGACUGAUCUUGAUGCGGUGCUCAACGAGUGCCCGCUUGAUAAAUAAGCCUCACAAGCGACGCCGCCGAAAUGGCCGCUGGCUGGCAGGCUAUGUAUCGGCUUGCGCUGCGCCAGGCGUGUCGCGAUUUGUUUUUUCUGGUGCGUGAAGAUGAUGGCGGGGCCAUAGGGACGAGGCUGCCAGAUUCAGACGAUGGAGGCGCAGGGCGGGCUUCCAGGUGCUGGAGCUGUGGGCGAGCUCUUGCUGAGGAGAUCAGCCCAGGAAGUAGCGCCUUCGACUCCGGUGAAAGUCAAAAGUGGAGAAACGCCGUGGACGCGCGCGGUGGCUAAUGGGGUAGACGCGCGGCCUUUCUUUGUUCCUUGUGAGCUCGUCUACGCCGCUUGCUUUAUUUCCUCCGGCUCUAACUAUCUAGCGGACCUCAUGGGCCGCAACGCCCGCCAGGUCGACGCAAGAGCCAGCUUGGCGCAAUAUUUUAGCAGCGUUAGCGCCUCCCGUCUUGUAAGUGGUCGCUUUUGCUUUCAUUUGUUACACAUGGCAAACUAAGUAAAAACAGAGUAGGGGCUCGCAGUUGCAAACGCAGGUUCCUGUUGCUAUGUAGAAGCUCAAGCUCUAAGAUUCAAGAACAAGAUCCAAAGGUCGCUCAGCACUAGAUUUUUCAAAAAAAGUGGUCACCAAUUAGUACACAAACACCUUGUGGAGUCUCAAGCUAGCAGCUAGCUGCUAACAAGGUGGCCCAACUAGCCGGUCUUCUUAUUGGACAACUUCUUCUGGAGUACACGGGGUUCGUAGUUUGUCUUUCAUUUCCCCUCUGCCUCUGCCUUUCUUACUCAGGUAAGCUCCCAAUCGUGAACCAGACGGGCGAUUUAGUAGCAUUGAUUAGCAGAAACGAUUUGAAGAAAAACCAGCACUACCCCUUGGCUAGCAAGGACGCAAAUAAGCAACUUCUAGUCGGCGCUGCUUGCUCUACGAGAGCAGAGGACGAAAAGCGAGUCGCGAAACUAGUCGAAGCUGGAGUACUUGUUUGUCUGCAUGAAUGAGAUUUUUCGAAGCUGUUGAUGAAUAUUUUUUUGAAGUUCAGGAUCGGAAGAAGGCGAUUACUAGAACAAAUAGAAUCGGAAGAUGAUUCAACAACAGACUCGGAAGAAGACGAAUACAAGUAGAUGAACAACUACUAGCACAAGCUGCCUAACCCUAGUAACCUUCACAACAUCAAUAUAAACUUAUUCCACAAUCUGAGAGAAAGUUGGAAGGAGCGACUUAAUUGAACAAUACACCUACAAUGUAGCACCUUCUUCAUUCUUCUGAUUCCACAAUCUACUAUUGCAGGUUGACGUAAUCGCUUUGGAUAGCUCGCAGGGCGACAGUGUAUGGCAGGUGAAUUUCAUACGGAAGAUUAAGCAGUGGUAUCCAAACCUAGAAAUCAUCGCUGGCAACGUGGUGACGCCACGACAAGCGCGAGCCCUCUGUGACGCAGGAGCAGAUGCAAUACGAGUGGGAAUGGGUAUAAUCGUGAACAACAUACAAGAGACUCUUUAGUGAAACAUCUUGGUAGCACACGAAUAUCUAUGUCAUCUCGUCACAUUGUUGUUGAUAAUUAUAGCAAUAUCAAACUACACUUCACAGGUAGCGGUAGUAUCUGUACGACACAGGAAGUUUGUGCGGUUGGUAGACCGCAGGGCUCAGCAGUGUACCAUGUAGCCAAAUACUGUUGGGAGAAACAUCGUGUCCCUGUGAUAGCAGAUGGGGGCAUCCAAAAAAGUGGCCAUAUCAUGAAAGCACUGGCAUUGGUUAUGGAAUAAAAGCAUGUUUCUCAAAGUAAGCGUCUGGCAUGCCCUGUCACUGGGUAGAAGCUGUGUGAUUGCAGCUGAAGCAUUAUUCUAGUAUAAGUAGCAUAUUCAUAUCAUCAUCAUCAUCAUCAUCAUCAUCAUCAUAUUACUGGUCUUGAAAUUUCCCUCCAGCACGGUACAAUUGAAUUCUUAUCAUCUCUAACCUUCGAGCUUCCAGCGUUAUGUGCGGAGGUACAAUUGAAUUCUUAUCAUCUCUAACCUUCGAGCUUCCAGCGUUAUGUGCGGAUCUAUGCUGGCGGGGACAGAAGAGUCACCUGGGCAGUACUUUUUCAACGAAGGGGUGCGAAUGAAGUGCUAUCGUGGAAUGUUAUGACGACAUGGUAAUCGGCGUAAUAGAGGUAAAGAACAAAACAAGUAAGUAAUAGAGGUAAACAAAACAAGUAAGCCACUGUAGGGACAGCUGAUCACCUUCACAGCUUCAGCAUCAACAUCAGGGAAAUUCGUAGAACUCAGAGAAGACUCAGGAAAGUUGCAGGUCCAACCCGAACCCACCAGCAUCAUUCUCAAAAGUUCUUUCUACGUGCACUACAACUGAGCACGAUUUCUUUCUACCUCCACCGCCACCUGCUCCCAUCUUCAUCUGUCCUUAAAUCAUCCUUAAAAUUAUAAUGUUCUUUCUAAGCUUCGGCUCCAUCUUCGAGGGCGAUGAUAUCUCCCUCUUAAUCCCUAAAUUGAGUAAUUAUAGGUUGUUCCGGAUCGCUUUUACGCAGAUGGUAGAUUGUAUGGUUCUGGUAUUUGGUAACCUGAAUUUGAUCCUAAGGGUUCUCUUCUUGUUUUCCCUUAUGAUCAAACUCAGGUUACCAAAUACCGGAACCAUUCAUAGACCGAAGUCGUGAACUUAUAAUACCCCAUGAGUGGGUACAUCUAUCUAUCUAUCUGUCUAUCUAUCUAUGUCUUUCGAAAAGAAGCGCUGCCACUACAACUACUGUAGAAACCGUGGGGCGCCCUCACAACUUCAACAUCAGCGAAAUUCGUAGAACUCAAAGAAGAUUCAGGGAAGUCGUAGGUCCAAUCCGAACCGACUAACGUCGUCAUCUAUGUCUUUCGAUUAGUUUCCUUCUAAUCUUCGGCUCCAUCGAGGCGAUGACUAA